AUGCCUCGCCCCAAUCCUCCACCGACACCUGGAUCAUCAAGCGACAUCUGGGGUAAAGACGGCAAUCAUGCGGCGCCUGAUUUCAAUUUGCCGCCGACUGCAUAUCAAGAGCACGAUCGAGCGAGUACCAGCUCUACGGCCUCGUCAGGAACAGGCUCCGAUUCGUCGUACAGACCAGUAUCGCCAACUUCGCGUGAAACGUCUCGAAAGAGGCAGCAUACUGGCGCUGUGAUUACGAAGGAUGAUUUUGCUUUGCCUCCUCCACCCACCAGGUCUCGCAAGAUUAUUCAAAUGCAGCCAAACACGGAACAAGAAGCGCCGACAAGCUCCAACGCCAAAGCAACUGCUGGAAAGACGCAGACGACGACGCAGGCUGGGAGUAAACGGAAGCAAACCAGCAAUGGCACUACGGCUGCUGGGAGGAAGAUUGCACGAAAGACGGCACAUAGCUUGAUCGAACGUAGGCGCAGGUCUAAGAUGAACGAAGAGUUUGGUGUACUCAAGGACAUGAUUCCAGCUUGCAAAGGCCAGGAAAUGCACAAGUUGGCGAUUCUUCAGGCCAGCAUUGAAUAUACCCGCUACUUGGAGCAAUGCGUGUCGGAUCUACAGGCGCAAAACAGUUCUUCCAACUCUCAGCCACCGCCUGUCGCAUUCAGAAGGACAGAGCAUAAUGAAGAAGAAGACGACGAUGACGAGAUGGAAGACGAUGAGCCCACCGACGCGCGUACAUCCACGCCAGUGAAUACCGGACUGCAGCAAUCUUCAUCCGCCAUAUCGCUGCCAUCGCUCUCCCAGAUCACGACAGCUUCGACGUCCUCGCCAUCGAUAUUAUCCACUGGCGCAGGUCGUCAAUACUCCAUAUCCUCUGCAGCAAGUCAGUCCAGUUAUUCGCCUUACUUCCCUUCCAACCAAGCCUCGCCUGCGUUCGGACCGCAGCUGCAUCAUGUGUCGGGCCAACCGCUCUUUACGUCGGGAUUUGGCCUUGGUAGUCCGGCUCUGAAACCCGUGGAUUCUGCAUCCGCCCUACGUCAAAUAGCAGAGGGUGCGACGGAGCUUUCUGACCAGCAACGUUUUGCGCGAAAGACUGGUCGGACUGAACGCGAUCAAGAUCAUGAGGCUACUGCUGCCUUGCUGAUGCUUAAUCACGACAGGAGAAAUUCUGUUCGACAAACCACAGGCAUGAGCGUGAGGGAUCUACUUAGCAGCUAG